AUAUAUAUAUAUAUAGCGAAUCAGAUUUAUACAACCAUUAAAAAAAAAAACUCUUUUUUUUACAGUAUAUCUACGCAUAGCCCCUCUUAUCAUACUUGAGAAUUUCUCAACGUAUGUACUGUUUUUCCGCGAUUGAACUCCUGAGCCAUAUUUGAAUUUACUUUAAUUGGUUCAGGUGGUGUUUUUCAUAAUGGAAACAUUAAGAAAUGAGUUAAUUAAGAAAAAAACGGACGGAUUUAUCUCACAUCAAUAAAACCGUGUUGAAUUUACAUCUAUCGUAAUUUGAAUUAACAAGUUCGUUAUGCCAGUAUCUUAAAAUUCUCAAUUUAGGGACCACUCAGCAAGUGAUCGCAAAGUAAAUGUUUUGAACUUUACUUCCGGUACAACCGGCAAACGUGGCUUUACAUGGCUGAUCCGUUUCAUGUUGGGUAAAUUAUUCCUAAGAUAAUUCUCGACCUGUUCCACAUUUUCGUUAGCAAUCAUUAAAAUGAAAAAACUAGAAAAAGGUCGAGAUGGGACCUUGUUUACCUAGGUAAGUUCACAUAGGAAGCUCUGCUUCGUGAGAUCUUGUCCUUUGCCUUUCGUAUUGUUGUCGAUGGGUGGAGUCAGUUUUCCUGGAUUAUAAAUAUAGCCCUGAUCCUGUUGUGAGGGUCUGAAAAACAUUGUAUUCUCCUUUUGCUUGCAACAACUACGAAGGGUCCUGACAAAAAGAAGAAAGCAAGCCUAAAACCAAUCAUUAGGGUCCUAUUUAAUAGCAGAUGGACGAAAUGUUACAAGCAGAAAGUGUUAGUAAUUAGCGUGAUUGCCCAUCUGUAUUAAUAAUACUAAGAAGAACUAUGUGGAUCUCAUUUAUUGAGCUCUUGUCACGGUUGAUGAAACGCUGUUUUAAAGAUUUUUAUCAAAAUGUGCUCUGACAUUACGAUGAUAAUGCCCGUAUGCUCCGUCCUGUUGGAAAUAAAAUUCAUCAGACUCCUCCCGAAUGUGUUAUAAGAUGGAAACUUUUAAAGUAGUUAUAUCAUUUGAUUGUUUUACAGAUUUUUAGAAUAUUCUGCUAUCAAGUUCUAGUUCUAAGCUCGUUACUGCUUUUGAUCUUUCGGAAUCUUAUUUAUGAACAUCCAGAGUUAGUUUGAUUAAUUUCAAAUUUUUCUCUUAUUCAACUAAAUGUAGGUCGCGUCGGUGAAUCUAUAUAAAGCUAUCUAUGACCUAGUCUUUUUGCUUAUUUAUAUCCCUGUUUUUCAUGGUGCAUUUCUGUACCUCCACUUGCAUUUUAGAACUAAUUUUCCUUGCUCAAAAGUUAAUUUUGUUCCAGCAUAUUCUUAAUUAAUCACAUUCUGAAAGAAAACAUAUAUAUAUAUAUAUAUCGUGUGAUCCGCAAAUUUCCAGCUCUGCAGCCUCAAAAUUACAAUAGAGUUACUCCUAAAAACAUUGUAGUAAUAUAAUUGCAUGUAUUGAGUAAUAUUUGUGAACAUGUUGAUAUUUCAUGAUGAAGUUAAUAUUUCUGUAAAUAUAAAAAAAAAAUAUGAAUAUUGAGGCGUCCGUCAAACUAAGGCUAAAGAUCGAAGGAACUAACUCGAAAGAACGUGUUUAUUAAAUAGUGAGUCAAGAUUUAGGGAUGCAAAAGCUAACCCUGCGAUAACUACUCGUUUUUUCAUUUAGAAUCAUAGGACUUCCCCAAUGACGGGAUCAUAUUAGGUAUCAUUAUCUGACAAACUGAAAGAAGAGACGACCGCAUUUAAGACACCGAAAUUAUUGUUUCGCCAAGAUAAAGCACGUUCUUACACUUUACGAAUCGAUGCCUUAGUUGAUUGAUCACCUACCAUAUUUAUCAGAUCUGGCCCUCAGCAACCUUUUACUGUUUUUGCUCAGGGAGCGAAGAUUUGCAUCGAAUAAGGAAGUCAUCACAUCUCUAAAUGCUCAUUUCGCAGGUUAAAUUGCCAACUAUCAUUUGGACAGAUUAACAAGAUGAGGCUAUGCUGGGAAAAUGUAUAGGCUUCAGAAGACUGCCAAGCUUGAGUAAUAAAAUAGCAUUUACCAAAAAGGGCUUAUUUCUGUGUUUGGCUGGACCUUCUUUAAACUUUAUGUGUUAUGUGCUGUUCAUUAUUUUCGUCUUUAGACUAUUAUGAGGGCUUUCGAAAAUCUUUUUGAAGUAAAAAGUAUACCUGCAUAUGCCGUGACAUAAUAAAUCUAUCGUUUUCAAUUUUGCAUAGCUCAGCCAUGUUGUGUCGGUUAGCAAAUUUCAAACGCGUCUUUUAGAAUGCGUAUACAUGCUUUUUAAUGUAAGGAUAAAAAAAAACUGAAGGAAAUUGAAAAAUGGGGUGGUUCGGAAUGUAGACAUUUUUGAGUUUCUGGAUCGUAAAUGAUGAGGGUAUUUUAGCGCUUAGCGCCUUUGUUAUCCAUUUUUAGAUCAAAGCCUUUUUCCUAGGUCAUAUAGAUUUCAUAUAUUGUCAUAAUUUAGUGAUAUUUCUCAUAAUUGCAAUAACCAUUAAACAUUCAUUGCGUACUUUUGGGUUGAAAAGUAGCUAUCAAGCUUCGAUCAUAACAACAAAGUUAUAAACACUAAUAAGACAAUAGACCGAGCGAAAGACUGCUCACUAGGUAUGCAAAGCUUUAAGACGCACUUGUUGAAAUAUAUAUACUCAAGUAAAAAAUGACUAACUAAUCAAGUUUAUAGAUAAUGGUAAUCUUCGGCACUAAAGAUACCGUACUACAGAUAAAAAAAUCUUCAAGGAAAAAAGCACUUUUGAACUUGAAAAAAGCACCCGCUUUAGAUAAAGCGUUUGAUAUCGCGUAAACAGACAAUGACUACUGCAAAAACAACCAACGUCUAAUCCAAGUCAAUUUGCUUGCAAGCUUGUGAAGCCAUAGUCAGUAAACAGAGAACCAUAUGACGGGCGAAAAAAAUGUUCAGUAUUUCGUAUUUUCUACGUAUUUCAGUCUUUGGCAGUUUCAGUAUUCGGUAUUUUAAGUAAUAAUCAAGGUUUACCACACGAAGUACUAUUGGAUAUAAAACUUUUAAAUGCCUAUGUAAGUGAUUUGGCUACUCGAUCAGCUUGAUAGCACUCAGUCAGAUAAAUGGUUAUCGUUUUUUCAUUCGCAUAUUCUGUUUCUUGCAGCAUGCUGCUCCUUAAGAGGUAAAACUUCCGACUACAAACGUUUUACCUCUCAAUAAAACUUAAAAUGGUACAUACAUACGUUGAAAAAUCCAGAGCAGCACCAACGUUGUUAUGUAAAGUGAAAAAGCAUUUUUGCCACAAACUUUGAAAAAUUCGGUAGUGUUUAUCAGUUGGUAAUGCACGGUCUCCUUUCGCGAGACCUCUCUUCAAUCAUCUAUCGUACCUUCCAUCAUUUUCAGAAAAGGUGCUUUUGAAAUGUGCUGAACUCGACAGUAUCAUAUCCUAUUAAGGGGUAAACUAUAACUAGUAAACGACCAAGCAGAAUAUAAAGCAUGAUGUUUUUGGAAAACAAAGAUUUUAGACAUUGAUUAAUUGAACUAGUUGUCGAUUAUUUGCUGCUGUUUCAUUGUUGUGUCAAUAUAAAAAUUGAUUAUCCUUACUUUUUCGCUCGGACUCAUCCAUCCAUCCAUCCAUCCAUACAUCGCGACCCAUGAGUAGUGAUAUCAAAAUUUCUUAUCUUUUCAGUAUUCUCCAGUUCACUUACAAUGUUUUUCUUCUAAUAUCUACUUGCUCUUUUUGAGGCUAUCUAUGUACUGGACAUUUGAAUUCAUUGUUACAGUGACCCAUUUUGGCAGGCAUGAAUCCAUAGCCCCUUCUGUUUACUAUCCUCGGACUUCAUCAUGGCCACUAAUGGAUUCACCCUGGCCCACACUGGGAAUAUGCCUUUUCUACGCGUAUUUCGUCAAAGUCGUAGGUCCCCGAUUAAUGAAGGAUCGGGAGCCCAUGAAUAUCCGUUGGCUUAUGGUGACCUACAACUUCUUCAUGGUUCUUGUGUCAGCUCUAAUAUUUGGCCUCCUCGGCGUGUACGGCUGGUUCGGAAGUUAUAACUGGUAUUGCCAACCAGUCGACUACAGCGACACAAAGGAAGCAAUCUUAAUGACACAUCUUGCGUGGUGGUAUUUCGUUUCUAAGUUUAUCGAGUUUACCGACACAAUUUUCUUCGUGCUCCGAAAGAAAUUUUCACACAUUUCAACCCUGCAUGUUAUUCACCAUGGAAUGAUGCCAAUGUCUGUUUGGUGGGGAGUGAAGUUUACCCCCGGAGGACACUCGACAUUUUUCGCCUUUGUUAAUUCGCUAGUUCACGUUUUAAUGUAUUUCUACUAUGGACUUGCCGCCAUAGGUCCCCACAUGCAUAAGUACCUCUGGUGGAAACAGUAUAUGACAUCGUUUCAGAUGGUGCAGUUUAUUGCUAUCUUUGUACAUUCUUUCCAGCUUUUAUUUCGACCCGACUGCGACUAUCCGCGCGGUUUCAUGUGGUGGAUUGGCUUCCAUGCGAUCAUGUUUUGGUUCUUGUUUGCCGACUUUUACAAGAAUGCUUACCUAACAAAGGGCCCUUGCAGCAACUCGAUAUCUUCUACUGCCGUUAGCCUACGUGAAGUGAAAAACGGCAAGAGCAACGGUAACGGAACGAAAUAUGUCUUUAAUCAUAUCAACGGAUCUACGGACUAUAAAAAUAUUUUUCUAAAUGGUUAUUGCCAUCCAGGUGUGCUUCACGAUGCAGACGUUGAAGUUACCGAAAAUCACAGACAGAAUGAGGCAAAGGAGCGGAUGACGGCUGCAGACGACCAGAUCCGAACAUUUGUCAGAGUCAGAGAGCAUGACAAUGGAACUGCAUUUGUUAGCCAACAUACAAAUGGUCUGGAACAAAAUGGACUAGCAGCCGCUUCCAACGGUCCCCGAACACGAUCACGAAUUAAAAAAACCGAUUAAUAACGCUACUAUCAAUUAAGAAUGCAAAACGAAAGCAUUGCGUAAGUGACACUGCUGUAGAGACCAGUAUGCACGGCCAUAACUGGGGCUACACGGGGGCCCCGACAUAAAUGGUUGAAACAUUCAUGGAUGAACUAAUAGGCCUAGAGCUUUUAGUCAACAUUAAAUCGAACUUCGUAGCGGGGCUGGUCCCGGCUGCGAGCCCUGAGAGAACGAACGAUACGAAACGGAGUGUAACUAACUGCCAACCUCCGAAUAUAAGUAGCAUUACUUAGCCUAUUUGUCGUGCUCACCUACCCCACGUGACGACAAAUAGCCACCUGAAUUAGUGUACAUAUAUACUGAGACAAGCUAAAGACACUCGAGGGUUAGAGCGAACGAGCACAAACAGGCACAAAUUCUAACCGAUCGGGGAUCUUUACCGCUAUAGAGAGAAGCCUGAAAAACAGAAAGGAUUGUAAAAUUUCUGAUGCUCUCAGUGGUCGUAAUGUGCAUCCUCAUUUUAAUCUCGUCAGUGCAUGAUCCUGUAGCUUAUAUAAUCAUUUUAUCUACUGCAUGUUUGCUGCUUGUAAUGCAUUUCAAAGGGAAAAAGAUGCAAAAACACACUCAUACCACGAAGGACCAAUAAAUGUGCGAAUGGACCAGAUGAAGUGUCGUGUCACACAUGGAAAGAUAACAAGAAAGACCAACUUUGUCUAUAUAUGCUUAUUCUUUCUUUUUGUUUUUUGGAGGCACAGUAAUUACUUGUAUGGACAAAAUAUUCCCUGCUUCUUGCAAGGAACCAUAACGACUUUUACCAGCAGAAAAUUUAAAGGCAAAAGAAAGUAAACUAUAUAUAUAUAUAUAUGCACCGACUGAUUGGAAAUGCUAGAAGAUAUGCGUACGUCCCUUCACUCAAACGAGGAACGCUGAUCAACUAGCGAUGUCGUUAAGCUAAGAGUCACACUACUUUGUUACGAUCAUGAAUAUUAUUACGCGGACGUUCAUAAUAAUCGAUUGCCAAAAUGAAAAACUCGGGAUCCUCAUCGAGCAAACGAGAGCAAAGCCAUUGAAAGCCUCCCGAAACCCAUUCUAAUCGUUCAUUUUGUAGCAAUUGUAGACAAAAUGCCAAUAGGAUAUUUUCGUUUCCCAAUGGAAGGACGCCUAGGUUACUUCACGAGGUAGCUUGCUUCAGUUAAUUACUAGUUCGGAUAAUUGGCAAUAGUUAAGUAAGUAACGUUAGAGGAUGUCGGCCCAUAAGACAAAGUUUAACUAAUAAUAGUAAUACUAAUGAUAGUAAAUAUGCGCUAGUCACCACCGAGUUUCUACGCAUUGGCAUAGCACUGCCGAUGACCUGCUUGUAGUCAGAAUAAAAACAUUUAGCCAAGCGAGUCUCGGCAUGGCUAUGGCGUGAAUGACGAUUAUGCAGCGUGUUUGUGUGUAGUUACACUUUUACCGCAACCGUUGUUAGCUUGAGCGACAAGUAUUGGCGUUGCGUCAUACGAAGGUAAUAAAGAGUCUGUUGUUGGGCGACCACCGA